CAUCCAUCCUGCUUCUCUCUCCUUGUCAAAAUCCAGAUCAAACCGAAGAACCCAUUUUCUUCACUUUCCCAUCAAAACCCCACGACCUUUUUUUAUUUUUGGUUUAUUACUCCCCAUGAAAUAAUAAAAGAGGAAAAAAAAAAAAACAUGACCGAACCACCCAAAACCGUUCGGAAAGUACUAUUAGAAGUAGUCGAUGCACGUGAUCUUCUCCCCAAAGACGGUCAGGGAAGCUCCAGCGCCUAUGUCAUUGCAGACUUUGACGGUCAAAGAAAACGAACCAACACAAAAUACCGAGACCUCAAUCCAGUAUGGAAAGAGACCUUCGAGUUCACCGUUUCCGACCCAAGCAACAUGGAGUUCGAAGAGCUGGAGAUCGAGGUUUUUAAUGACAAGAAAUUCUGCAAUGGCAGUGGCCGUAAAAACCAUUUCUUGGGGAGGGUUAAAGUCUACGGCUCUCAGUUUUCUAAAAGAGGUGAUGAAGGGAUUGUUUAUUUCCCUCUAGAGAAGAAAAGUGUGUUUAGCUGGAUUAGAGGUGAAAUCGGUCUAAGAAUUUGCUAUUACGAUGAGUUACUUGAAGAAGAUCAGCAACAACCCCCACCUCCCCCCGAGAAGGAUGCACCUCCGCCUCAACAGCAAGACCCGCAAAAGUCUCCCGCAGUCACAAUGGUUGAGGAGGUCAGGGUUUUCCAAGUCGCUGAACAUGCAGAGUUUAAUUACCACGAUUAUCACCACCAUCAGAAUGACCACCAUCAACACCAUCAGAAUGGGACUCACUCGCCUCCAGUUGUUAUCGAGGAGUCUCCACCGCCAGUGGUGCAUGUACAUUCGGAACCACCACCACAACAAUCACAAGGACCGCUUCCAGAGGAGCCGCCACCGGGCCUUAAUGCUCCUCCUCUACAUUCUAUGGAAACACACACUCACUACCAUCCAGAGGUGAGGAUGAUGCAGACUACGAGAGAGUCCAGUGGUAAUAACAGAGUGAAGAUAAUGAGGAGGCCAAAUGGAGAUUUCACUCCGAAAGUAAUUUCAGGCAGAUUCAAAUCUGAACCGACGGAGAGAAUCCUUCCUUAUGAUCUUGUUGAACCAAUGCAGUAUUUGUUUAUCAGAAUUGUCAAGGCUCGUGGUUUAUCGCAAAACGAGAGUCCUUUUAUCAAGUUAAGGACCUCAACUCAUUUUGUGAGGUCUAAACCAGCGAGUUACCGACCUGGUGACUCACCAGGCUCGUUUGAGUGGCACCAGGUUUUUGCAUUGGGCCAUAAUAACAAGACUGACGUACAGUCCUCCGAUGCUGGCAUUAUAGAGAUUUCAGUUUGGGACUCGCAGUCGGAGCAGUUUCUCGGAGGAGUUUGCCUUGAUCUCUCUGAUGUCCCGGUGAGGGAUCCGCCGGACAGUCCACUUGCCCCUCAGUGGUACCGAUUGGAAAGUGGCGCCGCCGCUGAUCAGAACUCCUGUAGGGUGUCUGGUGAUAUCCAGCUCUCUGUUUGGAUUGGGACUCAAGCUGAUGAUGCGUUUCCUGAAGCGUGGAGCUCAGACGCGCCAUACGUCGCCCACACGCGCUCGAAGGUUUACCAGUCCCCAAAGCUGUGGUAUUUGAGAGUGACAGUUAUUGAAGCUCAGGAUCUUCGCAUAGCAUCCAAUCUGCCACCGUUAACAGCACCGGAGAUCAGAGUCAAGGCACAAUUAGGAUUCCAAUCAGCGAAAACGAGGCGAGGGUCCAUGAGCAAUCAUAGUACGUCUUUCCAAUGGAUCGAGGACCUUAUUUUCGUCGCCGGCGAGCCACUCGAAGAGUCGUUGAUUCUGUUAGUGGAGGACCGUACAAACAAGGAAGCACUACUACUUGGGCACAUCAUUAUUCCUGUGAGCUCAAUUGAGCAACGGAUUGAUGAACGCCACGUGGCAUCCAAAUGGUUCGCACUGGAAGGAGGUGGGGGCACCGGGGGAGGAGGUGGUGGUGUUAAUGGCGGGUCCUACCGUGGGAGAAUCCAUUUACGUCUCUGUUUGGAGGGAGGGUAUCACGUGCUGGAUGAAGCGGCGCACGUGUGCAGUGAUUUUAGACCCACGGCUAAGCAGCUAUGGAAGCCAGCUAUUGGGGUUUUGGAGCUGGGGAUUCUAGGAGCUCGUGGGUUGCUGCCCAUGAAGACCAAGGGUGGAGGCAAAGGUUCGACCGAUGCUUAUUGUGUGGCUAAAUUUGGCAAAAAAUGGGUCCGCACAAGAACAAUCACAGAUAGCUUUGAUCCACGUUGGAACGAGCAGUAUACGUGGCAGGUCUAUGAUCCUUGCACGGUUCUCACCAUUGGUGUAUUUGACAAUUGGCAUAUGUUUGGUGAUAUGUCUGAUGAUAAACCUGAUUGUCGUAUAGGAAAAAUACGCAUACGAGUAUCUACAUUGGAGAGCAACAAGGUGUAUACGAAUUCAUAUCCUUUGUUGGUUUUAUUAAGAACCGGGUUGAAGAAAAUGGGUGAGAUCGAAUUAGCGGUUCGGUUUGCUUGCCCAAGCUUGUUGCCAGAUACUUGCGCGGCUUAUGGCCAGCCAUUACUUCCUAAAAUGCACUAUCUUCGCCCACUCGGGGUAGCCCAACAAGAGGCAUUGCGUGGAGCAGCUACCAGAAUGGUUUCUUUGUGGCUUGCACGGUCCGAGCCACCAUUGGGACCAGAGGUUGUUAGGUAUAUGUUGGAUGCGGAUUCUCAUACAUGGAGCAUGAGGAAGAGUAAAGCUAAUUGGUUCCGAAUUGUAGCGGUUCUUGCGUGGGCUGUCGGGUUGGCUAAAUGGUUGGAUGAUAUUCGGAGAUGGAGGAACCCGGUUACAACAGUAUUAGUUCAUGCUUUAUAUUUGGUGCUUGUUUGGUAUCCGGAUUUGGUUGUCCCGACAGGGUUUUUAUAUGUGAUUUUGAUUGGUGUUUGGUAUUAUAGAUUCAGACCGAAGAUACCAGCGGGUAUGGAUAUCCGGUUAUCCCAAGCGGAAACAGUUGACCCGGACGAAUUGGAUGAGGAAUUUGAUACAAUACCAAGUAUGAAACCACCUGAAAUUAUAAGGGCCCGUUAUGACAGGUUACGGGUGCUGGCAGCCCGGGUCCAAACAGUUUUGGGUGAUUUUGCAACCCAAGGGGAGCGGGUUCAAGCUUUGGUCAGUUGGAGAGACCCGAGGGCCACAAAGUUGUUCAUAGGGGUGUGUUUGGCUAUAACACUGAUACUUUAUGUGGUUCCCCCAAAAAUGGUAGCAGUGGCCUUGGGAUUCUAUUAUUUACGACACCCCAUGUUUAGGGACCCGAUGCCACCGGCUAGUUUGAACUUUUUCCGGCGGCUACCAAGCUUAUCUGAUCGGUUAAUGUAGGUUAUGGGAAAAAUUGAUAUAGCGAAUAGUUUUAGCAUGAGCAGCCCCAAAAUGUGGGAUGAUGGAGCAAAUGCGAAGACAAAAGUUGUCCCAGAUAAACGUUGGGAGGAGUGAAAAGUGGGAAGAAAGUAAAAAGUUAUGUGUUUCCUUUAAUUUUUUAUUUAUUUUUGUUGUUGUUGAGAUGUAAUUGGCGGAUUGAGGCUGAAAACUUGAAAUAAGAGAAAAAACUGAGUUUGAAUGGGAGACA